AUGCAGAGACCCUCCGGGCCCCCCAGCCCCCCCGGGCCCCCGGGGCCCCCCGGCGGGGGCGGGCAGGGCACCGCCUUCUCCAUCGACGCCCUGAUCGGCCCUCCUCCCCCCCGGGCGGCUCCCCCGGGGCGGCCGGGCCCGGUGGUGUACGCGGGCUACCCCAUGUUCCUGCCGUACCGGCCCCUGGUCCUGCCGCCGCCGCCGCUGGCCCCCGGUGGUCUGGCCCCCGGCCCUCCGCUGGCCCCCGGCCCUCCGCUGGCCGCCCUGGGCCCGGGGCUGGCCUCCUUCGCCGGCCGCCUGGGCAACACGUUCUGCCCCGGGCUGGCCCCGCCCGUGCCCCCGUCGGUGGUGGCCCUGGCCGCCGCGCUGCCCGCCUUCCCCGACGGCCCCGACGGCUUCUACGGGGCCCCGGACCUCAGCGCCGGCGGCGCCGACGCCAACCGCGCCAACCGUGCCAACCGUGCCAACGCCGGCGGCCGCCCCGAGCCCGGCUCGCUCCGCCCGGACCGGCCCGCGCAGCCCCGGGACAAACCGGCCCCGACCACUCCGCCGCCGCCGCCACCACCCUUGGCCGACACUUUCCCGACUCUAACGGCUGAGGGGAAGGCGUACAGCUCGGACGAGGAGAAGCCGGAAGGGCUGGCCGGGGAGCCGGCGGGUAGCGAGCCAGAGGAAGAGGGCUCGGGCGGCGACAGCGACGACGACAACGACGACGGUUUCCGGGACGGCGCGGCGGUCGUGGGGCCCGCCGGGGCCCUGCUGGGGCCCAAGGUGAAGCUGAAGGGCUGCCCGGGGGGCGUCGGCGAUGGGAGCCCGGGGCCAGCCGGGGCCGCGGUGCCGGGGGGCAAGAGCCGGCGCCGGCGCACGGCCUUCACCAGUGAGCAGCUGCUGGAGCUGGAGAAGGAGUUCCACUGCAAGAAGUACCUGAGCCUGACCGAGCGGUCGCAGAUCGCCCACGCCCUGAAGCUCAGCGAGGUGCAGGUCAAGAUCUGGUUCCAGAACCGCCGCGCCAAGUGGAAGCGCAUCAAGGCCGGCAACGUGAGCAGCCGCUCCGGGGAGCCCGUCCGGAACCCCAAGAUCGUCGUGCCCAUCCCUGUGCAUGUGAACAGGUUUGCUGUGCGGAGCCAACACCAGCAGCUGGAGCAGGGGGCCCGGCCCUGAGCAGGCACCCGGACGGAAGGACGGACGGACCGGGCAGCCGGGGACAGUCAGGCCUGUCACCGUUCGGCUCCGGGGAGCCCGUGUCUGCACCCACUCGGCUCUGGGGAGCACCGCGCCCGCCUCGGAGCUGGCUGG